UUCUAAAAAUAUCACACUGUUGUAAAUGUUUAAUAAAUUUGGAAAAGUAUCAUUUAAAAUUGCCCGCUGUUUGAGAUAUACUAAAAUGAAAGUAUAUUGUGUUCAAUUUACCGGAAAAAAAUAUUAGCCUUACAACAAGUACAUGCAAGAAAUGAUAUGUAAUGUUCGAAAAUAGCUUAUUGUUAUUUCAUUAUAUUAAACCACUGUUGAAGAUGUUUUAAGUAAAAGUAAUAUAUGAAAGUUUUUGUACAUUUUCUACGGAUUUAAUCCACCGCAUAUUUUUUUUUCGACUUUGCAUUUAGGUUAUAAGGAAAGUAUAUCGUAAUAAUUCAUUGUUCUUCAGUAUAAUUUACAAUAAUGUCUUACAACGAGGAAGAGUUAAAAAUGUUACAACAAUUGUUGCCUAAUGCCUCACCAGAGACAAUAAGAAAUUUUCAAUUAUGUAUGAAAACCGAUGCUGUCUAUCGUUGUGGAAUUCCUUGUGGACUUGUAUCUGGAAUAGCAAUGUAUUUUAUGGCUCCUAUACCAUCAGGAAUCAUGAAAAAAUGUUCAGCAAUUCUUGUAGGUACGCUAAUGUCUGCAGUUGCAAGGGCAUUCUGUGGUCCAAUGUGUUAUCAAAAAGCGUUGAGUAUUGAAAAAAAACAGUUAGGCCAGUUUGGUGAUUUUGAUCAGCAAGAACAGCAGAGUAAAUAUUUAGUAUCUCCUGGUGAUAAUUUGGAGGAGGAGAAACCAGUGUGGGAUAGCUUUGAUACCAGAUUUGAGAACAGUUUGGAUGAAUUUAAUGAUACGAAUGACAACAAUUUACAACAAGAACUAAGAAAUGAGCCGCAGGAAAAGGCGCGCGUGACAUAUGAUGAUUUGUGGAUACAGCAUAGAGAGCAACAAAUGAAGAAUAGUAUACAGAAGUUACGUACAGAUUUGGAUCACAAUUAUUCUUUGAAUGCUGAAAAGAGAGAGUCAUUUAAAAGACAACAGAAAAGACUUCCAAAAGAAUCAACUGAAACGGAAUUUGAGAAAGAUACGUGGAAUUGAAAUCAAGAGAUAUUUUCUCUCUUCUUUUCUUUUUUGUGGAUAUAUGAAAGUGAUGUAUGGAAUCAAGAUAAACAUCAGGCAAACAUCUUAUGAAAAUAUAAAGUGAUCAUAUAUGGCAUUGAGAGAGAAACAAAUAUGGCAUUGCAAAUCUGAAAUACUGAUAAUACUUUAAUUUGGUUAAAUCACGAUGUGAUAAUAUCUGUACAAAAGUAUACUUUACAUAUAUCAUACUGUAUAAGAAGUAUACUUAUGUUGAUAUAAAACAUGAAUGUGAUGGAGAUAGAAAAAUGUUUAACGCAAAUUCUUGAGGAGAGCAAUCUUCUUAUAUUCUUAUUUGAUCGUUGUUAAUAUAUUUUCGCAUAUUUAAUAUGUACUAAUUUACUUUUUGGUAUUGAGAAUGUCUAACCAGCAUUCUUUGCUGCGAAUGCUUCUUUUCAUUACAUGUAUUAGUUCGAAUGUUACGAACGAAUAUAUAUGUACAUGAUCGGAAAGUUAAUAUAUAUUACUGUAUUUCAAGUCGAAUAUUUUCGUAUUUCAUGUUAGACACUUAAUAAUUAAUUUUAGUGCAAAAAAAAGUUAUACGUUUAAAUGUAUGGUUAAAAUAAAAAUUAUAUACAUAUUUACAGUCGUAAUUUUACGACUUGGAGAUAUUAUUUG